AUGUUUUUUUUAUUAUACCCAUAUCUAUCUAUCUAUCUAUCUAUCUAUCUAUCUAUCUAUCUAAAGAAAAAGAGAAAAAGGAAUAAAUAUAAAAAAUAUUUAUUCUUUUUUUCUCCUUUUCUCUUCUUUCUCUUUUUAUCGACACUCUUUAAUUCUAUCUCUCACCACUACUCAUCGUUGUUCAUUUUUACUGUUUUAUUAGAGAUGUCGUUAUCCCCCGUUUGUAAUGAUAUAUUUUUUCAUUCUGUUUUCUUUCUCGUCUCUUCCUUCUUUUUUAUUAUUCUUUUCUUCCUCGAUUAUUUAUUAUUAUUAAGCAUCUUUUUCCGUUGCACUUUUUUUCUUUUUCAUUUUUCGUGGUUUUCUGUCUUUUUCCUUUCGUUGUUGUUUUGUUCUUUUUCCUUUUUCGUUGUUUUUUCUGUCUUUUUUCUAUUUUGUUUUUUCUUUAUUUUUUUUUGUCUUUUUCGUUAUUUUUUUUUUUUUUCCUUUUGUUGUUGUUUCUUUUCUUUUUUUACAUUUUCAUUGUUUUUUUGUCUUUUUCCUUUUUUGAGAUUUCUUUUACCUUUUUUCUUUUUCGUUGUUUUUUGUCUUUUUGCUUUUUAUUGUUUCUUUUUUUUUUUUCUCCUUUUUCAUUGUUUUUUUUCCCUUUUUUCCUUUUUGUUGUUUCUUUUCUUUGUUUCUUUUUCCUGUUUCGUUGUUUUUUUCUGUCUUUUUCCUUACCUGGUGUUUCUUUUCUUUUUCCUUUUUCGUUCUUUUUUCUGUCUUUUCUUGUUAUUUCCUUUCUUUUUAAUUUUUCGUUGUUUUUUUUCUCUCCUUUUCCUUUUUUGCUCUUUUCUUUUUCGUUAUUUCUUUUCUUUCUUUUUCCUUGUUUCUUUCUUUCUUGCCUUCUUAAUCCACUUUUAA